UCAGGCCUCAACUGCGUGCUGCCCAUCGAUAACAACGUCUUUGCCACUGGUGACGAUGGUGGGGAGCUGAAGGUGUGGGACCUGCGCAAGGGGGAUGCCAUCUUGGAGGCCCGUCAGCAUGAGGAGUACAUCAGCGCGAUGGCCGUGGAUGGUAAUGGGAAGAUCCUACUGACUGCCAGUGGUGAUGGCACCCUGGGUGUCUUCAACGUGAAGAGGCGCCGCUUUGAUCUGCUCUCGGAGCCGCAGAAUGGGGACCUGACGUCUGUGGUGCUGCUGAAGAGAGGGAAGAAAGUGGCAUGUGGCUCCAGUGAAGGCACCAUCUACCUCUUCAACUGGGAUGGCUUGGGGGCCGCCAGUGACCGCUUCGCCCUGAGGGCUGAGUCCGUUGACUGCAUGGUCCCCAUCACGGACAGCAUCGUCUGCGUGGGGUCCCUGGAUGGAGUCAUCAG